UAAUUAGUGUUUUAAGUGUUUUAGUGUACAUUAAUUAACAAGAAUGUUUAUGCAACAGACUAUUGUACAUCCAACAGUGAACAGAUAACAAAGUGAGUGAUAGUUUUUUGUUUGCAAUAAUGACUAUUAAUUUAAGUGACAUACGUGAACAUAGUUUACUCCAAAUGUGACGUUUAUAAAGAACAGUGCCAAAACAAUGUUUUGCCGCAAAGAACUAAAACUAAUCUACGCAACUGUUGUUAUUUUACUCGAAGCGGAUUUGUUAGUGAAUACACGAGCUAUGGAGUCGCUGAGGUCUUCCAGUAUUGCACAAAGGGAUGAUUUCAAAUCAUUGGAACUCUGCACGACGAGAAAUCAGCAGAGGCUGGGCAGUGUGUUUGGGAAUUUCACAAGACAUCACAAGAAAGGUCAUAGAAGAAGAACAACUACAACAUCGUCAACACAAACAACUAUUUAUACAUCAACUGACAAUGUGGAAGAUUUUACCACAAACGCUUACAUAUUAAGUACUCAAGCAACCGUUCUGAAUUUACCCAAACCUCUAAGAUUAUCUUCACUAAUGUUAGAUAAGGAUUACGAUGAUGUAAAUAAAUUUGACCAGAUAAUAAAAAAUGAAGUGAAAGAAGUAAGUCGAGAAAGACAUUCAAAACAUUACGAAAGAAUAAAAAAGGAAAUACUACUUCAGUUAGAUGAAGAAUCAUUACCGAAAUCGUUGAACAAAAUAAAGAAACUGUACAGGGAUUCAGCCGCGUCAGCUAUUAACAAAGUUAAUAGUAAAAUAAGCAAAACUGGUAUUUUUCUGACUGACAAUUGUACGACAGUUGUUGCCCAAAUAGGAACAACAGCUAUAUUACACUGUGAAGUUAGCGAUAUAACCGAAAAUACGGUAACAUGGAUAAAAAGAAAAGAUUUCUCGCUUCUGUCUGUUGGCCUUGUCACCUACAGUGCAGAUAAUAGAUUUUUUUCUGCUCACGGAAGACACGUGAAGGAUUGGGCUCUUCAUAUAAGAUUCGCUACGUCUGCGGAUGCUGGAUAUUAUGAAUGUCAAGUACCCACACAUCCUCCUACUAGUAUUUUCUUCAAACUCGUCUUAGUUGCUGCAUACGCCGAAAUUGUUGGUGAAUCUGAGAAGAUCAUACACGAAGGUUCUAUGUUGAAGCUUGUUUGUGUUGUGAAACGAUCUACAGAACCACCUUCAUAUGUUUUCUGGUACUUCGAAAAUAGAAUGAUUAAUUAUGACUUGAAUGGUGUGAGUGUAAAUAACGGUCGACAAACAAGCGAGCUGAUAAUCGGGAAAGCUGAGCCGAGACAUGCCGGAAAUUACACGUGUGUGCCGGCCAACGCAAAAGCCGCAUCUGUCACAGUACACGUCGUACAAAGUGAAACUCCAGCGGCAAUGCAGCACGGAAACUCAUCAGUUAUGAAAACUGGUAUACAUUACAUAACACAAGCUUUGAUUACUUUGAUGGCGUUUAUUUUAAUAAUCAAAGAAAAUUACCAAGAAUUCGGAUAACAGAUGUAGUUCAUAAUAUCUUUGUAAAAUUCAUAUCCAGAUUUAUUCGCGUUUCCCAGUAACAGAAAUACUGUUUUAGUCCUAGAAAUAACAUUGAUUAUUUUCUUAGCAUUUAUUUCGAUUAAUAUUCAUCGUUCACUAGUAAGGUUAAAUAUCAAAAUUUUAUAUAGUUAAGGUAUG